AUGGAAAAAAGGGAACAAAGAAACUUAACAGAUAUCACGGAAUUCCAUUUGGUAGGAUUUGUAGGACUUGGCAAUCUGCAGGUUCCGCUCUUCUGCCUCUUCUUACUUAUCUAUGUUGCUACCAUGGCCGGGAAUAUCCUCAUUAUUUUGCUGGUUGUUGCUGACCCUCAACUUCACACCCCCAUGUAUUACUUCCUGAGUAAUCUCUCUUGCCUGGAGAUCUGCUACAGUUCCAAUAUCCUUCCAAUGAUGCUGACUAAUGUCUUGUAUGGUGGGCGGAGAACAAUUUCUGUCACUGGCUGCAUAAUGCAACAUUAUCUUUUUGGUCUUUUUGGAUCUUCAGAAUGUUGCCUCCUAGCAGCAAUGUCCUAUGAUAGAUAUGUAGCAAUCUGUAAACCACUGCAUUACACAAUACUAAUGAACAGUAGAGUGUGCAUCCAACUUAUAGCUGGAUCAUGGAUAAAUGGUUUACUUGUUAUGGACAUAGUUUUAUAUUUAAUGUGUCAGUUAAAGUUCUGUGGCCCCAGUGAGAUCAAUCAUUUCUUUUGUGAAUUGAAUCCAAUAUUAAAGCUAGCGUGCAGUGAUACCCGCUUGAUUGAACUUGUCACUAUUUUGAUAUCUGUUAUAUGUAUCUUGCCUCCUUUCUUCUUAACCUUGUUGUCAUAUAGUUACAUUAUUUCCACUAUAAUGAGAAUGUCAUCUGUGAGUGGGAGGAAAAAGGCUUUCUCAACCUGCUCCUCACACCUCAUGGUGGUGUCCAUUUUCUAUAGCACCUUAAUGAUUGUCUACAUUUUGCCCAAAACAGAUGGCCUACGAAACAUUAACAAAGUGUUGUCUCUGUUUUAUACAGUCCUUACCCCUUUGUUCAAUCCCUUGAUAUACAGUUUACGAAACAGGGAGGUGAAAGAGGCCCACAGGAGAGCAGUUGUUAAAUGGUACAAAAUUUAA